CACAAAACUGUGUUCUCAAACUAGAGAGAAGGUGACGUCAUUAUGGACAUUUUUGGAGGCGCUCCCCGAGUUCUGGGCUACCCACGACCUGUGGUGGCACAAUGUGGCACAGACACCACACUGAAGUGCCAAAUUGGUGGGGACCCACGUCCUGAUGUUGUCUGGGAGCGUAAAAACGUCCAGAUCUUGUCUGAGGGACGCUAUAAGCUGUCUGAGGAAGGAAAGGCAUACUUGCUGACCAUUAGUGGCGUGAACCCGCAGGAUGCCGGGCAGUACAUCUGCAAGGCCAGAAAUAGCAUCGGUGAAACCUACGCGGCAGCUUCCCUCAAAGUAGAAGGGGAAUCCCAAAAGGAAGUGGGCCAAAGGCAACUAGAGGUCAUUGGUGUGAAGCCACAGAUGCUGGAGAAUGGAGAACAUGAAGGUCAUAUGAACGGCUACUGCAAAGUGCCAGAGAAUGAAAUGCUGAAUCCAAACAGUGAAAACAGGGAAGAAAAACAACUUGAACUAAACAUGGAUGUGAAGUGUAAUGGCAAGGAAAAACGAGACGAAGUUGACCUCACAUCAGACGAUAAACCGCGGUUCCUCAUCAAACCCCUCUCACUGCGCGUGGACCGAGGUGAAGACGCCACGUUCUCCUGCAAAAUCUGGGGAGUGCCGCUGCCUGAGGUGGUGUGGGAAAAAGAUAGCAAGAAGCUAAAUGAUAUCUUCGAGAGUGCCCACUUCAGCGUGAGCAGUCAAGAUGGCGGCUGGUUCCAGCUCAAGAUCUUCCACACGCGCAUGCCCGACAAAGGAGUCUACACAUGUAAGGCUGUAAACUGUCAUGGCGAAGCCUUGGCUGGUGCCGUGCUCGUGGUUGAACCAGUCCCAGAGCGAGGAGAGAGUAAAAUUUCAUCAAAUGGUUUUGCUAACAGCCAACGGUCGCCGAAGCACCGCAGCGGAAGGUUACGUUUGUCAAGGACCGUAGACAAUCCUCCUGUGAACGCAUCCAAUGCUAAGAAAUUUGCAGUGGCGGAGGGAAAACACGCCAAGUUUCGUUGUUUUGUAACAGGGAAGCCAAAGCCAGAGAUCAUCUGGAAGAAAGAUGGCGUGGCACUUGAACCUGGAAGGCGGCAUCUCAUAUUUGAGGACCGAGAGGGCUACUACACGCUAAAGGUUCUGUACUGUAAGGUGCAGGACACUGGACUUUAUGUGUGCGCAGCGUCAAACGCACUUGGAAACACCCUCAGUGCCGUUCACCUGUCCGUCAAAGGUCCACCUGUGCGGUUCAGGCGUCCUUUAAAAGACUUGGAAGUGAAGGAGCGGGACGUUGCCAUCCUGGAGUGUGAGGUGCCCAAUGACUCGGUCACAGCAUCCUGGUACCUGGAGGAUCAAAGGCUGAUGCCAAGCAGUAAAUACUGGAUGGAGCAGAAAGGAACCAGGCGAACGCUUACCAUCCAUGACGUUGUGACAGACGAUGACGGAGUCUACCUCUGUGAAAUGCCUGAUGGUGGGAAGAGUAUCGCAGAGCUGUCAGUUAAAGGAACAAUUAUUUGUAAACUCCCUCGAAAAGUGGAAGUCCUUGAAGGGGAGAAUGCUGCGUUCUGUGUGGAGGUGGAGGAUGAUGACAUGGACGUCCACUGGUUCAAAGAUGGCUUGAUGCUACAUGAGACCCACCAGACCAUCCUUAAAUCAUUUGGUAAAACCCACCUUCUGGUCUUCGUCAAUGUGGCUCAUCAAGAUUCAGGGGUCGUGACGUUUAUUGCAGGGAGAUCCAAGACCUCAUCUCGACUCAAGGUCAAAGCCACAAGACACUGUCCUCCUAUCUGCCCUGUUGGGGUCAAAAUAGAUGUAGAUCGGCCCAAUAGUGCCCUCCUCACCUGGGUUCCAGCUCCCAACAGCCAGACCACCACCCGUUCCAUUUUUGUGGUGGAGAGACAAGAGGUUGGCUCCCAGGAGUGGCAUAAGUGUUUCACCUCAGAAACAGACACAUCAGCAGAGAUCACCAGCGACAUGGUGUUGUGUGAAGGAAACUACCGCUUCCGAAUCUGCUGCAUCAACAAGUAUGGGCGCAGUGGUCAUGUGGAGUUCCCCAAAGUGGUCCAUCUGGUUCCUGGGCCUAAGAUUCGCAGCCACCUCCAGGUUUGCGAAGUAGUGGAGGGAGAAGAUGCUCAUUUGUCUAUUGAACUCUCCGUUCCGAUGGUUGGAACCUGGUUCCUCAACAGCUCCCAACUCAAACAUGGCAGCCGAUACUCGAUACAGCAGUCUCAAACGAAGCACUCGCUGGUUAUUCACCAAACAUGUGCAGCAGACGACACAGCAGAGGUGACUUUCAUAGCAAAUGGAGUUCGGGAUUCAACGGUUCUCAAGGUCACAUCUGCGGUGGUGAAGUUCAGUCCGCUGUCAGAGGAAGACAGCAAUAAGAGGGUGGAGACUGGCGGCACCAUCGUUCUUUACUGUGAAGUCUCUCACCCUUUUGCAAAAGUGUCCUGGUUUAAAGAUGGUGCGGAGCUCCAGGUAACUGACGCCCUCAAAAUCCAAUCAGAUGGGAACAUGAGGAGGAUUGUGAUCCAAUCAGCAGAUGCGUCUCAUUCUGGAGUUUAUACCUGCGAGACAACAGACGAUGUCAUCAAAUUUAAUGUCGAGGUUGCAGGUCUUCCUGUGGAGUUCAGUCCUGUCUCAGAAGAAGAACUCUGUAAGAGCAGCAUGGAGCUGGACCCUGUGGUGUUGGUCUGCCAUGUCUCACAAGAUGAUGCAGACGUUGUGUGGAUUAAAGAUGGCCAUGAGAUCUGCCCCACGGACAACAUCACCCUGCAGUCAGAAGGAACUAUGAGGCGGCUGAUCAUCCGCUCUGCAGAAACCAAAGAUGCUGGCAGCUACACCUGCCAGGCUGGCAAAAACAGUGUGAACUUCAAUGUCAACAUCAGAGAGCCUCCAGUGAUGAUUGUGGACCCCAAAGAUGAUGUUGUGAUGGAAAGCUACAUCUCGGAGGAGAUCCACCUGCAGUGCGAGUUGUCCCGUUCGAGUGGUCGGGUUCAGUGGUUAAAAGACGGGGAGGAAGUGGAGGAAACUGACAACAUCAAGCUGAUUUCCGAGGGCCCCUAUAGAAGGUUGAGCAUCCUCUGUGGAUCAGCAGAAGACGGUGGAGAAUAUGUCUGUGAAACAGAUGGAGACUCUGUCUUCUUCCAACUUACUGUCACAGAGCCGCCAGUCCGAAUAAUUUCCCCCAGUGAAUCAGAGCUGGAAUUAACCCAAGUGGCUUCCAAAAGGUUGGAGCUCAGCUGUGAGAUCUCCCAAACUGAUGCCCAAGUCCAGUGGUACAAAGAUGGCUUGGAGGUGGUGGAAGGCCCGAACUUGAUCUUGGAGGAAGACGGCUGCCGACGACGUCUGGUGAUCCCCAGAACGACUGUGUGCGACACAGGAGAGUAUGUGUGUGACACUGAAGAUGAUGCUGUGACCUUUUUGGUGAAUGUUACAGAUCCACUGGUGAUGCUUCGGCUUCCUGACACUAUGUCUGAUAAUGUGGAGAGUUUUGUUGGCAAACCAAUGGUGCUGGAGAUCGAGGUGUCCCGUCCAAAUGCAGAGGUAAAGUGGCAGGUCAAUGGAAGAGAGAUCAAGGAAAGCAGUCACGUCGCCCUAACAAACGAUGGAUUCUUCCGUCGUCUGACCCUCCACUGUCCUACAUCAGAGGAUUCUGGCACGUAUACUUGUGACGCUGUUGACAGUAAAAUUGCCUUCCAGGUCAAAGUUUCAGAGCCUCCAGUAAAGAUUCUACGAAAGUCAGAGAUUAAAACGAAUGUCAGCUCUCUGAUUUCUGAUGACAUCGUGUUGGAGUGUGAACUCUCCAGAGCCAACGCCGUCACCAAAUGGUAUAAAGACGGCUGCCACAUCCAGGACGAUGAAAGGUUCUGCGAGGAAGAAGAAGGAGCUUUCCGUUCACUUGUCAUCCUCAAUGCGGAACUCGUUGAUUCAGGAGAAUACUUCAUGGAUGCAGGAGAUGACAGUAUAAGUUUCCAGGUUACAGUAAAAGAGCCUCCAGUGGCCAUUGUGGGCAACUCAAAUGACCCCGACUACCAGAAUAUGGUGGCAGGGGAAGACCUGAUCCUGGCCUGUGAGGUGUCUCGUCCCAAUGCUCCCGUCCAGUGGUACUGCAAUGACAGACUCCUGACCAAUGACUCUCGCACCUACAUUGAGAGUUAUGGCACUCUGAGGAAAAUUAUCAUCUCGAAUGUUCAACCCUCUGAUUCAGGGAAGUACAUGUGUGACGCUGUGGAUGACAAGAUGAUCAGCACUGUCAGGAUUCAAGAGCUUCCAGUCACGUUUGUGAACAAGGAAGAAUAUGAUGUUGUGACGGGAUACGAAGGGGAGAGUAUCACAUUAACAGGGUUUGUGUCCAAAGAAAGUGCAUCUGUGUGCUGGCUGAGAGACGGGAUGCCUGUUGAUGGUGAACGCUUCCGAGUACUCAUGGACGGCCACAAGCGCACCAUCACCAUUGACCCACUGAGGCGCUCUGAUGCUGGCGAGUACACCUGUGAUGUCAACACGGACCAGAUUCAUUUUGGCCUGCUUGUGAAAGAAAUGAGAAUCAAAUUCACGAGGCCACUUCAAGACACGGUGGCCCACGCCGAUGGCAUGGUGACCCUUCGAUGUGGAGUGUGUAAGCCGAAGGCAGACGUCCAGUGGCUGAAGAAUGGCGUUGAGAUUAAUCCUAGCAGGAGGUUCUCAAUUCGAGCAGAUGGAGUAGAACGAAGCUUGACCAUCCAUCGAUUAACCAGAGAGGAUGCUGGGGAGUAUGCCUGCGAGUCCAAAGAUGACAGAACCGUAGCAACGCUGAGAGUAGACAUGCCUCGGGUGGUGGCAUUCCUCACCGAGCUCCACAACACCACUGUAAUGGAAGGAGAAGAUGCCAUCUUUAAGUGUGUGGUUUCCCCCGAGAAUGUGCAGUUGUUCUGGUUCAUGGACAAUGAGGUCAUCAACCCCAGCGACCGUUUCCAGGUAUCCCAGAAUGGCCUGUGCCACAGUUUAGUCAUCAGGAAGUGCCAGAUGGUGGACUGUUCCAAGAUCACAGCUGAGGCUGAAGGAAACAUCAGCAAAGCUUGCCUCAAAGUUCAGGAGGCUCAGGUCAUGUUUACAAAGAAAAUGGGAGCUGUAAUGGCAGAGGAGUACGGCAAGGCCACCUUGGAAUCGGAGAUCAGCAUAGAAACAGGAGAGGUCCAGUGGAUGAGACAAGGCGUGGUCAUCAACCCGGGACCUCGACAUACACUAACCCAAAAUGGCUGUAAACGCAGUCUAACCAUUCACAACCUGACUCUGUCAGACAGGGGAACCUACCGCUGUGAGACGCUGCAUGACCGGAUGCAGGUCAAGCUCAACGUAGAGCCCCGUAAGAUUUCCAUCCACAAGGGCCUCACUGAUCAGGAAACCUUUGAGCGGGAGACAGCCUCCUUCGAGGUGGAGCUGUCCCACGCAGACAUAGAAGGGAUUUGGCAGAAAGAUGGCAUCCGGCUGAAGCCGAACAAUCAGUGGAGGGUGAGCACCAAUGGGCGGAUCCACGGGCUGACCCUGUCCAACCUCACCCUGGACGACACGGGCACCAUCGUGUUCUCGGCUGAAGGCGUGCGAACAUCCGCCCGACUUACAGUCAAAGAGAUGCCGGUGUCAAUCCUGAGAGCACUGGCCGAUGUCCGCGUGGAGGAGGAGUUUCCCGCCACUCUGGAGUGUGAAUUUUCCAGACAAAACAUCGAAGUUCGGUGGUUCAAGAACGGGACUGAGCUGAAGCCGGGGAAGAACUGUCGGAUCUACUCCAUGGGCCGGAAGCGGUUUUGUCAGAUCCUACAGUGCUCUCGGGUCGACUCUGGCACCUACACAUGUGACACGGGGGAAAUCAAAACUUCUUCUUCGCUGGAGGUUUAUGAACACGAGCUGCAGGUUGUGCAGGACCUGGAGGACCUCUACAUCCAGGAGGACCAGAACGCUGUCUUUAUGUGCGAGGUUUCACUGGAGGAUGUGAAGGCGGAGUGGUACAAGGACAGCCACAAGAUCAGACCCAGCAGCACCACAAAGAUCCGCGCUGAAGGGACCAAACAUUUCCUGCUGAUGUGUAAUGUCAGCACUGAAGAUGCUGGAGAAAUCCGCUUUGUGGCCAAAGAUGUUGAAUCCACCGCCUACCUCGAAGUAGAAGAACUUCCUGUUUCCAUUGUCAAACCGCUGCGAGACCGAACAGCGCUGGAGAAACAUCGUGCGAUCCUGGAAUGCACAGUGUCAUCGCCUCACUGCAGUGCCACCUGGUACAAGGGCAAAGAGGAGCUGGUUCCUUCCGAUCGGCUGGAGAUCCUGGCUGAGGGCUGCUCCCAUAAACUGGUGAUCCAGCAGGUGGCGGUGGAGGACGAGGGCACCUACAGCAUCGAGGUUGGGGAGCACACGUCCAAAGCCAGACUAAUGGUGGAAGCCCAGGCACUGGUGAUAGUCAGAGAGCUGGAGGAUGUGGGUGUGACCGAGCCUGAGCCCGCCUCUUUUAGGUGUGAACUGUCCGUCCCCAUCAACAAGCUUCCUGUGUGGACUCUGAAUGGAGAGAUCCUGCAUCCAGGACCCCACGUCCGCCUGGAAAACCAUGGGACUGUCCACAAACUCACCCUGAAGACCACCAACGUGGACAUGAGUGGGACGGUGACAUUCACCAUGGGAAAGGCCAAAAGCAGCGCCGCGCUCACCGUGACGGAAGAGUAGAAGAAAGAGAGUGGAAACAUCGGAACUGGUUACCUGCAAUCCCCGCAUUCGCAAAUCAUGUCAGUGAAGAACAUUUUAAAUCUGAUGUAUGACUUUUUUU